AUGGGAGCUUCUCAAUGCAUUCCUAGAUUGGCUGGGGAGAAAAUGUAUCAAGUCAAUCACAUGUAUGGUGGGGAGUUUGUUGUAUAUUUAAAAGCAAUGUCUUGUAGUUGUAGGAGAUGGGAUUUAUGUGGCAUACCCUGUGCACAUGCUAUUUCAACUAUAUUCCACAUAGAUGAAAAGCCUGUUGAAUAUGUACAUGAGUGUUAUAAGCCAGAGACAUACAUGAGGUCAUAUGAACCAAUAGUUCACCCCAUCCCUUCUAUGGAUCAGUGGGUUAAGGGUGGCUUGCCUCCAAUUAGACCUCCAUUUCAUAAGCGCCAACUAGGAAGACCUAAGAGAGUGAGGACAAGGGUGCCUGGUGAGGUUCAAGUAUUAGCCCCAAACCCACCAAACCUUUUGCCUCCAGAUGUGGAGCAUGUGGAAAAGAAGGCCACAAUCGAAGAGGAUGCUGAGGCAGCCCAAAAUGGGAAUGUUGGCCAAAAUCAAGUUCAAGCAGCUGACAAUGGAAAUGCAUGCCAAAAUGAUAAUGCCCCAACCCAAACUCAUGCUACCCCAGCCCAAACUUACACUGCCCUAGCCCAAACUUAUGCUGCCCCAACUCAAACUUACACUGCCCCAUCCCAAAUUCAAGUUAAUAGGGCCAGAGGAACAUGCAUAGAAAGAGGAAGAGGCAUAUGGAAUCCAGCUGCAAAGGUGUCAUCUUUAAAGCCAGUGGUAAGUGGUAUUAGUCAAGAAAUGGUCAAUCCGCCAAUGACAUACUCACAACAAGUGCCCUUGCAACCAUCAUCCUCUUCACUUACUCAAGAAACCACACCCCAUAGAGGAAAAGUCAAACACAGUGUCAAAAGAUGA